CAGCUGCGCGGAUGUGUGUGAAGAAGACAGGGCAGGUUUUAUUGAGAGCCAGAAUAGCAGUCGAAAGCGAGUCACGAACAUCUGAGGCACCAAAAGACGAAAGAUGUCGUUUGCCAGUGACAAACUUGCCAAUGGAUAUCUGCGGCGGAAUAUGUCAACUCUUGUAAACAGGGUGAAAGUGAGAGAAAUAAUCAUCCAUCUGCCAUGCUUGACUGCUCACGACAGGGAAAAUAUAGAGGCAAAAAGAGAGACCUGUGGGAAUUAUGACGGCAUGGCGCUUCUUCUGGAGUGUCUGAAGAGGAGAGAAAACUGGCUGGAGCAGUUAAUUGAAGCACUUGAAGUGUGUGAGCAGCCAUCUAUAGCAGCUGAGAUCAGAGCUGAAUACAACGCUCUGAGAGGAGUUAACAGUUCCAACCCCGGCUCCCCUUCAACGACCGUCGUCAGGGCACACGUCCAUGCUGCACCACCUGCCAGUCCUCUGUCCAUUCCAGAUCGCGGUGGAAAUGCUCAGGCUGCUGUUGCUCCGCCGGCUGAAGCAUCAGCUCGUCCUGGGCCAGCGGCUCAGGCCUCACUGCCUCAGGAAACCCCUGUGCGUCCACAGGCCCAGACCUCAGCAGCCCAUGUACCAGAUGCCAGAGGCCCAUCUGAGCCUGUCCCUGAGGCUCCUCAGUCAACUCAGAUUGAAGUGGCGCCCCCUCCAUUGACACCUGCUCCUUCCCGUGAGACACCACACAGUCCAGCCAGCGCACCACCACAGAGGAAGGUUCAUGCACACCAGGAGCCAGAGGAAAACUCUGAGUCAGACAUCCAGAUUAUCUUUGUUGAUAAUGGUGUGAGUCCUGCUCAAGUGAGCACAGGAAAGGGUGAGGUUUCAGUCAACUCUGUGGCGACUCGUCCACUGUCCCGUCCCGUUGAACCGUGUGAAACAGGCACUCUGUCCUAUCCAGAUACUCUCCAAACAACGGCAACUGCAGAGGUCAGGCCACCACAGAGUCCCUCUCCAACUCAGGCAAAUUCAGAUGUGACCGAUGGAUCCUCCUUCCCCACACUGACCCCAGAGAGGCCUCCGGUCCAGGACACCACCCCUCUUGUGAACAAAAUACCUUUUGUCCUGACGCCUGACAAGAUAUCUGAACCUCCUACUACACAGGUUGUCGAAAGCAGCCCACAGACCCAAACAGCGGCUACAACCUCCCCCCUGCCUGGUGCUGCUGGGAUGAGCGCCUCUGCCUUUGAUGACAGCACUUUGUGUCUGAGCAAGCCUGGCCAACUCGUCAGCAUCCAACCACAAAAUCACGACAGUCCUACUGCACACAACUCACCGACGGAGCCCUACUCAGGUGACAGUCAGCGUCUGGAAAUGAGCAAGGCUGAACCGGAUGCUGUUACCUCUGCCCACGUUCCUGCAUGCUCUGGCGUCACCUCCGCCACCACGAAUACAGUCUCUGCACUGUCAUGCCAGGAGAACGGCAUUGCACUCGACCAUAAUGAACCCGAGGAGAACGCCUACGAAUCUCCCUGUCAGAGUUUGGAUACGCAGGAGGUGCGAGUGAAUGUGGUAACAGUGUCCGAGGAGCCGUCCAUCCUUAACCUAGACGGCCAAACCUCAGCACCACGAGAUCAAAUCAUCAAUGGUGAAGCAGCCAGAGCGAUCACUCCUUCCCCAACAUCCUCCACCACCACUGCUGAUACUGUAUCGAGUUUAAACACCCCACCCAGUGAGAGCUACCACCCCUCUGAGCCUGCACCAGCGGAUAUUACUCCAGAGCCGAAAACACUGCCGGCCUCUCGCACCCUGCAAACUAAUACGAAAUACAUUGUGACUGCUGCAGGAGUUGGCGCCAUUGCACUGCUGAUGGCUUGGAGGUUUAAGAAUUAAGGGGAUUUAAUACCUUUAAAGGAGGAGAAGAUUAGACUUUAAGGCCUUGAAAGGAUCUUAAGGGUACGGUGCCUUAUUGUAGUCAUUGGACUGUGAUGGCGUGAGGCACCUGUUUGAUAAUUAUCUAUAGUAAUAAUAGCUGCCAGACCUUUGAUCAUUUCAUCUAGUUCAAGCCUGUUGUAAAGUUGGACUGUGUUCUAUCGUGUUAAUGUUGAUUGAAGUUGACCCUAGUGAGCAUAAACCAAAUUUUCCUUUCUUAUUCUAGUUAGGGAACGUCAUGGAGCUGGGUUGAGAUCUCACGUCACGUGACUGUGUAUUAAUGAUAGAAACGUUUUUAUGUUCACUUGUCUGACAAGCACUUUGAAGAUAAGGCUGUUGGCUGUCAUCCAGUGAUGAUUAGUGUAUAAAGGACCUGAAUUUGACUAAAUGCACACUGUGGGAGAAAGAGCACCAGCAUCACACACAUUUUCUUUUCCUGCUGAAAGUGGGAAAUGGGCUGCAAAUGAUGCCUAGUGCACUGUCUGUAUUUAUUUGUACAUACACACACACACACACACACACACACACACACACACACACACACACACACACACACUAAAUAGGUAUCUAAUUAUGUAUUUUAAGAAUGGACAGUUGUGUCAAAAAACAUUGGAAAGCACUCAUACUGUCUCAGAUAUUCAGCACUCAAAGAAUCAGUCAGCCAAACGGUGCAUAAUUUCAUCACAUAUUAUGGACAUUUAUCUGGUUCAUAAUCUACACUGGUGGUAUUCAGAUUUUUUUUUUUUUAAACCAUGGCAUUGGUUGACACUGAUUUUUCCGUCAUGUCACCAUCCCCCAGUUUCUUUCUGAGCCAGUAAACGUGUUGUGUUACAUGACAAAUGGUAACCGUGCUGCAUUAGCUGUAUAUUUAAGUGGCUUUUAAAAUUUUUAUUCUGAUGGUUGUCACUCAUGUCUUCAGUUUGAAAAGGUAAUUUAAAAAUGUGGGUCAUGUAAAUAUCGCCUAGUGUUUUUUAAUCAUAAUUAGACAUUAUUAAAAAUGUAUUAUAAAAAAUGUAAAUAACCACAUCUCGCUGCAUGCAUGCCAGGUCCUUUGGAAAGCCUGUGUAAAUGUUUGAGAUGACGUUUUAUUUUUCCAUAGGAUUUCCUCCUUUUUUAAUAGAGAAAAGCUGACUGUGUCAUGUUCUGCGAGGUGAGAGAGUUUAAUACAAGAAAUGUCAGGAACCCAGUAGUUUAAUGUAGAAGGUUUUGCACAUUUGAAGAGGAUAUUUGAGCGGCAGAGAAGAAAUGUAUUGUCGGUAUGAAAAAACAUAUAAAGUGGAAAUUGUAAUCUCAGUUUAAGUUUCAUCCGAAUUUGCACUGUCACUAGCUAUGCAUUUCAAUAUAACGCAAGUGCAAUCACAUCAAUAAACCUGAAAUUAUUUAAAAAAAAAAAAUUAUAUUCCUUUAUUGAAUGAC